AUGUCAAAGCCAACAGAGCAGAAGGCGCCUCACAAGCAGCAGCGCGUGCCCCUCCCGGCCAAGCUCGUUGUCGGGGCCAUUGCUGGCGUUAUCGGCACGACGUGCAUUUUUCCGAUCGACAUGGUCAAGACGCGCCUCCAGAACCAGAAGGUGGGACCCAGCGGCGAGCGCCUCUACAAGGGCGCCCUCGACUGCUUCCGUCAGAUCGUCUCCAAGGAGGGCACGCGCGGUCUCUACCGAGGCCUCGGCCCCAACCUCAUCGGCGUCACCCCCGAAAAGGCCCUCAAGCUGGCGGUGAACGAGCGGCUGCGCGAGGCGUUGGAGGAGGAGGACGGGAGCAUCACGCUACCCCACGAGAUCAUGGCCGGCGGAGGCGCCGGCUUCUGCCAGGUCAUCGCCACCAACCCGAUGGAGAUCGGUAUGUCCACCGACCUCGGCCCGACCCCUCUCACCCCGGUGAAAAUUAGGAUGCAGGUGCAGGGCACGCUGCCGCCGGAGAACCGCAAGCCCGCCGCGCAGAUCGUGAAGGAGCUGGGCAUCCGCGGCCUUUACAAGGGCACGCCCGUGACGCUGCUCAGGGACGUGCCGUUCUCGUUCAUCUUCUUCCCGGCCUACGCCAACCUCAAGGCCAUCUUCUCCGACGCCGACGGCAACAUCGGGCUGGUGCGGCUGUUUUUGUCGGGCGCGUUUGCCGGUGCAACGGCGGCAGGCCUGGUGACGCCGGCGGACGUGGUCAAGACGCGCGUGCAGGUCGAGAACUCGCGAUACACGUCCAUCCCCCAGUGCGCCGCCACCGUGCUCCGGGAGGAGGGCAUUGCGGCCUUCUGGAAGGGCGUCGUGCCCCGUAUGGCCGUCCAGGCACCCAUGUUCGGUAUCGCUCUGAUGGCGUUCGAGCUGCAGAAGAAGUUCAUUCUGGCCCACCAGAACCCGCAGUAA